ACAACAGACUCACCAAUAUUUAUGAUCUCUUUUUGUUGUAGCACAGACCAUAACUCCUUUCCUCCUUUAUCCCAGUCUACCUCCAUCUUCCCAACCCCUUCUUUUUACCAUGAUGAAGGAGCCGUUAGAAUUCUCUGAAAGUUCUUCCAAAAAUUCUCCUUGUUUAUCCAUUGAAGAGAAGUUGAAAGAUCAUAGCAAUAAAUCUGGAGGGGUAAGACCAUAUGUUAGAUCCCAAAUGCCGCGACUCCGAUGGACACAAGAUCUUCAUCGCAGUUUUGUGCAUGCUGUUGAGAGACUUGGUGGAGAAGAUCGAGCAACUCCAAAGAUGGUGCUACAGUUGAUGGAUGUGAAGGGCCUGACUAUAUCUCACGUAAAAAGUCACCUUCAGAUGUACAGAAGCAUGAAGCAUGAACAGAUGAUGCAAGCUGAAGCAGAAGCUGCAAAUGGGGGUAAAAGGAAUAGAAUGGAUGGGGCAGCCAAUGGGAACUAUCAUCACUACUACAAUAUUAAUGACAAAGCCUUCUUUGGUGCCCAUCCUUGGAAACAUAUGCAAGAGACCAAGGAAAAUAGGAUCAUGGGAUUGGAAGGAAAGUCUAAUUAUUACACCAUGUUCAGGGAUAUUUUCAAUGGCCACAAUGUUCAAGAUGUUGGCGACGGGAAUAAAGUGGUACGAGAAGCUAGCAGUUUGUCAAAUAAGAGUCCAUCUGCUUCAAUUAUUGAAACUACAGGAGAGGAAGAUUUCUCCAGUAGCACCAUGUCCUUAGACUUAGAGCCAUCUGCCAGUUUAGAUGUGAAUAAUAUCUCUCUUGAGCUCACCCUUGCUUAGUAUAUAUCUUUUGGUCUGUUUCUUGCACAACCACCGCUCUUCUGAAUUCACCGGAAAAAGGCUUUUCAUUAUCCUAAUUUUACUCUCAAGUCCUUGAGAUCUUUUGUCAUAUAUGGUAACCAAGCUAGGUAGAACUUUGUACUAAUUAAUCAGUUUUUGAUCAAUCUGAAAAUCGUUUAAACUUUAGUAUCAUGACACUUUUGAGGGUAAGAUGUUGGGUUCGAAUCUCAACU